AUGAAUACAUCUUUAGCUAAACGCACAUGUUCUCAUCGCUUUAUCGAUCAACAUUCUGGUAAAUGUCUUCAUUGUGGUAAUAUGAAAACACCUAUUGAAUCAUCUAUUACUAAGCAUGAACCACCACUAAACGAUAAUGAAAACAAUGAUGAAGAUUAUGGUUCUUUAGAACUUGAACAUUAUGAACGCUUAGUAUUAAUGCUGGAUGAGUGGAAAAAAACUAUGAUAAAUCGUAUUGAAUCAAUCUACAAAUCCAAAAUUCAACGUUUACGCGACGAAUUCGAAGGACAGCAAGCUGCACGACGUCGUUCUCAGACUGAGCAAAAAAACAAAAUAGAAAUUGAUGACGAACAAGAAAAAGCUCAAUUAACAAAUAUAAAAUUUGAAUUAAUUCAAUCAGCAUUUAUUGAUACAGAAUACACAUUAAUGGCCACAUCGUCUGAAACAAUUUUCGUGCAUGAUGGCCGAACAUUUAAAUUAUUCGAUAAAAGUCUUCGUCCGUUAGUUGCCUUAGAUUUAACCACGUCAAUGCGUGAACGUUUCAAAGUUGUAGAUCUAUGUUAUAUUUCAUAUUUAUCAUCCUAUUUGAUUCUAUACGAACAAGGUUUAUGGGUAUUUCAACCGGGUUCAAACGCAAAUUUAAUAACCGCAAUACAACGUCGCGGCUACUUAUCAUUGACAACUAAUACAAAAGAUUUAUUUAUACUCGACAUUGAAGGUACUAUUGAACAACGAUCGAUUAUAUCGUGGACAUUUCUUCGACGUUAUACAAAACAUCAUCUGUUAAAUGAGAAUAUUAACGAUCAACUAUUAUCAAUACGAUUUCAUUCAGUUGAAUAUACAAUUUUAACGGCGAUUGUACGUACAUCGAAUAAUCGUAGAUGUCUAAUGACUUAUAAACAUUAUGGAUCAAAUACAUUUAAAUUAUUGGAACGAAUAUUAUUUCCUAAUAUAAAUAUUUAUUCGAUAUCAUCAAUACAUAUGUCGCAUGUAUGGUUAUUGACAACAUGUGAAAAGCAAUCAUUUUUCUUUAUUGAUAAUAAGCGUGAAUAUAAUCAACGUGAACAACAACAAGUAUGGUUUCCAAUUGAUUGUGAUUAUAGAAUUAAAAAUGCCAUUGAAUUUGGCACUAAUCAAAGAUCUAUUCUGAUAAGAACAAUCCGACCAAGUCAAUUAGGACUUUAUCAUUUUUGA